GCAAAGAUUAAAAAAACACACAAAUAGACCGGUCGAAAAACAAUAAAAAGUAUACAUUUUUCAAACAAAAAUCAAGUGAAUAAAUAAAUGAAAGAGAAAAUGUCAGAUUCAAUUGAGAAAAAGAACCUUUUGUAUCGGCUAAUAAUAAGUCAAUUGUUUUACGAUGGGCACCAUAAUAUUGCUGUAGAAUUAGGCACAUUGGUUCGAGCCGACCCGCCAUGUCCGCCAUCCGAUAAAUUAUUUCACGCUGUGGUUGAAGGCUUAGCAAUUCAAGAUCAAUCCAGAGAGAAUAUCAAUAUUUACAAAGACAACGUAUUCUGUGGCAUUGAUUUGGAAUUUGAGACCGAAGGCACUUCUAUUGCACCCGAGCCAGCAUCAUAUGAAACGGCGUAUGUAACAUCGCACAAACAAGCAUGUCGUGCUGGUGCAUUCAGUCACGAUGGGCAGUUGGUGGCAACUGGCAGUGUUGAUGCAAGUAUUAAAAUUUUGGAUGUUGAACGAAUGCUUGCAAAAUCAGCACCGGAAGAAACUGAAACGGGACGUGGUGAACAGCAAGGUCAUCCAGUCAUUCGUACUCUUUAUGAUCACACUGACGAAGUAUCUUUCCUGGAAUUUCAUCCAAAAGAACCGGUAUUGGCAUCUGGUUCAAGAGAUUGUACAGUAAAACUUUUCGACAUUUCAAAGGCAUCUGUAAAAAAGGCACACAAAGUGUUGACGGAUUGUCAAGCUGUUCGUUGUUUAACAUUCCAUCCAACUGGUGAUUAUAUGGCUGUUGGCACCGAUCACAACGUCGUGCGCGUCUAUGAUAUCAAUACGUCGCAAUGUUUUGUGAGCCCAAUUGCUUCACAACAGCACAAUUCAAGCGUUACGUGUGUCAAAUAUGCAUCGAAUGCAAAGUUAUAUGCUACUGGCAGUUUGGAUGGUACAAUUAAAAUUUGGGAUGCAAUUAGCGGACGUUGUAUCAAUACCUUUGACAAAGCACACGAUGGUGCUGAAGUUUGUUCAGUUGCAUUUACAAGCAAUGGAAAAUAUCUGUUGUCAUCUGGAAAAGACUCCUUGGUAAAAUUAUGGGAAUUGAGCACAAGCCGUUGUUUGAUUGCUUACACUGGAGCUGGAACCACAGGAAAACAAGAGCACAACACCCAAGCGAUUUUCAAUCACACUGAAGAUUAUGUACUGUUUCCCGAUGAAGCAACUACAUCGUUAUGUUCGUGGAACAGUAGAAAUGCUUCACGGUUGCAUCUUAUGUCACUUGGUCACAACGGUCCGGUUCGAUACAUUGUUCAUUCACCAACUCAGCCAGCAUUUCUCACCUGCUCUGACGAUUUUCGUGCCAGAUUCUGGUAUCGACGCACUACCGUUCAAACUUAAACUCAUAAUUCAUUAUUUUCAAAAAAAAAAAAAAAAUAACAUUCAU